AUGUUUUUGCUUACAACAUUAUUAGAGGUGGAUGGUGGCUGGAGUGAGUGGAACUCCUGGAGUAACUGUACUAAGGCAGUUGGUGGUAUACAAAUAAGAAAGAGAGAAUGCACCAAUCCGGAACCAGCAUAUGGUGGGAAACACUGCGAUGGGACCGGUGCACUCCUGAGAGGAUGUAGCAACAUGUCCAGUUGCCUUGAAGGUAACAUAAAAAUUGCAGCUUUUUUAAUUUCAGUGGCUAAAAACUUCUUUGUUGAAACAAAGAUAAACAAAUACAGGAAUAACAGUUAGAACAAAAACAAAAGAACGGAACUUCUGAGUUUGAACUUUAAUCACAUAAUUAUUCAGGCCAAGUAUGUGAAAUGCACAAAUUAUUAAGAGUCAUUAUAAGCCAGAAAUCCUUCAUAAUUGCAAACUCUGUACAUAUACGGAAUACACCAUGCUCUUUUUGAAAGAGCAGUUAAUUUAGCGUUAACAACUGAGUUGAAAACGUAAAUUGGCCACCAUAAAGAGUAAAAAACCUGACGUUACGAGCGUUAGCCCUUCGUCAGAGCGAUUUGAGGAAUUGUGGGUUGUUUGUGGCUUUAUAUGCAGCAUGACGUCUAGACAUCAAAAUUUCAAUUGACGACAACGAUUUAUGCACUAGUGUUUACUACAAACCUACAGAUUCACACAGUUACUUGUUGUAUUUAUCUUCACAUCUAUCGCACGUUAAGAAUUCCAUACCCUUUUCACAGUUUCUCAGACUUCGUUGUUUAUGUAGUGACGACUCUAGUUUUUCCGACAGUUUUUCGAUAAACGUGGCUAUCCUGUUUCUGUCGUUCAAGCGGUCCAUCACCGUGCCCAACAAAUUGAUCGACAGUCAGCACCACAAACGACUGAGAAGGAAAACACUGCGGACUGCAUUCCAUUCACUCUCACAUUUCACCCUCACAACCACGCGGUUAAAUCUAUCAUUUUUAAAAACUUUAAAUUACUCCAAAACGAUUCAAAGACUGAUGCUAUCUUGUCGCAACCCCACUUAUUUUAUUCAAACGUGACAAAAACAUAGGUAACUUUUUGGUCAGAUGUUCAUCUCAAACCAAUGAUCAAUCUGGAACUUUCAAAUGCGCUCACUCACGAUGCAAAACUUGUCCUUUCAUUCAUAACGUAGAGAAAAUAUCAGGACCCAAGAGAUCAAUUUAGAUCACUGAUCACUUUACGUGUACCUCCGCCAACGUCAUUUACUGCAUAACUUGCACUUAUUGCAAUAAGUUAUACAUUGGUGAAACAGUUAGACGAAUAGGUGACCGAUUCCGAGAACACCUUCGCGACGUGGAAAGAAAUGACAAGGACGCAUCCAAACCAGUCGCUGAACACUUAAAUCUCCCUAAUCAUUCUAAACAACAUAUGGCAGUCUGCGGCCUUUCCUUACAUCUAGGCAGUUUGGAAAGUUGCAAAAUACUAGAACAAAAAUUUAUAUUCCAAAUCGGCACUCUUAAUCCCAACGGUGUCCACGAGCGCUUUUCAUUCAACUAAUUUAUUCCUGUUUUCUCAUCACCAUAUUCCCACCAAUAGCGUAGCUCCAUUUGCUGCAUAUAAACCCACACGCAACCCACCAUUCCUCCAAUCGCUCUAAUGAGGGGCUAGAGCUCUAAACGUCAGCUAUUUUAUUCUUGGCCAAUGACGGUGGUCAAUUUACGUUUUCAACUCAGUUGUUAACACUAAAUUACCUGCUCUACUCUCCCACCGACGCAGCACCACAGUUUCCUUAGAAACUUACCCCCUUUAUUAAUUUGACAAGAAACAUGUUUAAUAAUGUGAGGGGCUCAGAUAUUAAAUAACGUUUUGGCAUUGACCUUCUGGUAAAGAAAAUCAAGUUAGUUACACAGGAAAUUCUUCCACCACAAAACUGAAAAGAAAUUUUUCAACAAUGUUAGGACCUCUGUUACUGGGUAAUUAUAUGGGAACAUCAUCAACACAAAAAUUUACACAAGCUGAAGUAGUCCACGCUGUUUAUUUUUAUCCUUAUUUAUCAGUUUUUUUUGUUGAAUGUUUUGAAGGAUUACCCCUGCGUUUUGAAACAAAGGGGAACCCAUCUGUCGGUACAAUGGAGAUAUUCUCAAAUAGCAGCUGGCAAACGCUUUGUACCAGUCAAUGGGAUGAAGCAGAUAAAAAUUCAGUCUGCAUGGCCAUGGGCUACUAUAACAACGUUGUUUAUGCUAAUGGCACAUGGUACGCAGAACGUGGCAAUGCUUCAAUGUCCACCCACUACAACUGUACAAUUCCGACCACAUGUCAAAAGAACGUGGUAAAGAAACAACAAGUCUGCGAAGGUAAUUAUGAACUGCACUCAUGUAAUAUCCACAUGAUUUCCAAAGAUGGUAACUUGAUAGAUUUACUCACACUUCAGAGAUGAAAACUUUCCCGAGAACAAUGAUUGUUCGUCUUCGGGUAUCUUUUUGGUUCUAAAAAGGUAUCUAACGCUAAAAAUUGUUUCUACUGUUUACAUCCUAAGACGUUUGCGCAGUCAUGCAUUUGAGUUUCAUGAACUUCACAACCUCCAAACCCUCCAUUAAGUUUCCUUGAAACUAUUGCAUCCUUCUAGUUUCCCUUUUCUCUCUCUUUCGUGCAAUUGGGGAAUUUCACAAUUUUUUACUCUACUUAUACUGAACUAAACGUCUUUUUCUCGAUUUUUCCUUGAGAAAUGCUUUAAAAAUGACGUUCUAGCUUAAAAUAUAAAUCACCCCAUUGUGUUCUCUGAAAGUAAACGUUUUAAGCCGGCUAAGAAAACACGUCUUAAAUGUUCUAAAAUUUUUCCCAAAAAAAUCUGGUUUGUCUUAUUUUAGGGUAAAUGAUGAGUUUUACAAUUUGAAGCACAGUCACAAAGCAAUGUAAAAGAGGUCCGUCGGAAACAUCGCAGCAGGGAAACUAUGAAAACAUCGUGAUUCACAUCUGACAACAAACGAUAAUUUGCACCUAGAAUUUCACUUACACAAACACUUAGACUGGCAUGAACUAUUCAUCAUUUUGUGAUUUAUAGGCAUUCUUGUUUCUUGAUAAUAAGUGUUUUCCAUUCUUAUAAAUUCGACUUUUUGUUAUUUCAUAAGUUCCUGUUCGCUUGAAAGGCGCAAAUGUGGAGUAUGGAGGAAGAGUGGAAGUAUUUUACAAGGGGAAAUGGGCGAAGAUAUGCAGGAAUGGGUGGGAUUUCAGUGAUGUCAAAGUUAUUUGUCGUCAACUUGGCUUUGAAGAGGCUUUGGCGGAAUUUAUUGGGUCAGAAGUAAAGGAUGAGGGAGUACCUUUUGCAAUGUCUGAUGUCUCUUGCACCGGAGAGGAGUCAGAACUUGCAUCAUGCGAUCGCGUUGAUGGAAAGUUAAAUAUUCCACUUCAAUGUCAAUCGGAUGGCGAGGGUUCUCAAGCGUUGUGUCAACCAAGUAAGCAACUAAAUGUUUAGGCCUGACUAGUGAUUCUGGUUUUCGUGGUUGUCUUUUUCUUCCCAUUGACCUUCUAAAGUGGAGGAAAAUCAGAGUAAAUUGAGAUACACAGAUGACCAGAAGACCAUUUCUAAAAACAUUCUGGUAAAGUACGACUCGCGGACAAGCAUAUAUCUGUUCGCAGAUUUUACGCUUUAGAUAGUGACAUGACUUUGACUGGGGAUGACAUGACUUGGUUUAGGGUGACAUGAAUUGGCUUAAAAUGACUUAGAUGAUUUCGAUUUCUUCAACUUAGUUGAUAAUAUAAAUUUGCCUCCGUAAAGAGUUUCAGAGCUGAAAUUCAAACGUUAGCCCUUCGUCAGAGCGGGUUCUAUACUUCCCCACAGACGCAGCACCACAGUUUCUUAAGAAAUUUACCCUUCUUAUAGAUGAUUCAGUUUGGUCUUGAGGUGGAAUAACGUUAGCUAAGGUGUACAUGACUGUCAAGAAGGUAAUAUGACUGCUUAUAAGAUUAUCUGACUUAAGUUAAAGGUUACCUUUUUUUUUAAUGGGUUUCAUAACUUCUUUGGAUGCAAUAUUAUUCUGUUCAAAGGUUACAUUACUUUAAUAACGGCUAGUAUGAUUUUGUUUGGAGUAAUGUCACAUAGUUUUGAGUACGACAAAGUUCAAAACAUUUCUCAAUGUAAGCAUUAGGACAGGUAAAGAUAUGCAUCUUUUGUAUCCCUUGUAGUGUUAAUUACAAAAAAAUUUUACUUAUUUUGACAACAUCUAAAUUGAACCAUUUUUUUUUUUUUUGCAGAGAACAAGAAAGUGUUGAAAAGAGAUGAACUCUAUUUUGAGAUUGGUAGCACAGAAAGGCUUCAUUGUUCUAUACACAAUAACACCAAUCAUGCUAGAUGGGUCAUUAAUAGGCGAAAGCUUGAAAUAACAAACUCUUCUUCUCAAAGGAUCAGGGCUGAAGACAAUGGUGAUCUGGUCAUUGAUGACGUGCAACUGUCUGAUGGAGGAAUAUAUGAAUGCCAGAGAUUGGAACAUGUUCAAUAUUACAUUGUCUACAUUAAUGGUAUGAAAACACAUAUUUUUAUCUUGUAGAAAUAGGCUUAAUAUGCAGGACAAUGUUAUAUAAGACAAGUACACUUCUGACCUUUCAAAAGUGUAGCUAUAAUAUUAGUGCUUUUCAUUACUCCUUUCAACAGCAAGAUUUACUGAGAAGACGUUGGACCAACAAACUUUAACUGCGUACACGUCUGGCAUUAUAAGCUGUAGUGCUGAUGGAACACCAAGUCCACAGAUUUCUUGGAGUAAGAAAGGAGGAAAGUCCUUAGAUCCGAUACGAUUCACUCAAGUAUCCGACGGCAGCCUGCGUAUUGGUUAUGUAAAGCCUGAAGACGAUGGAACAUUCACCUGUACCAUGAAACAAACUAAAGGACCACAGAGGGUCACAAGCAAAUAUAAAAACAUACGAGUGUCAGUUAGAAGUGAGUGACCAAUGAGAUAAUAUAUAGAAAGUCAUAAUAUCAGUUCUUCAAAUGUGAUUAAUUUCAUUUACUCAAUUUUAAAACUUUUUCGCUGUUCAUAUCCGCAGCCAUGUGAGGCGACAUUUUAUCGUGAAUACGUUUGUUGAUUUUAGUUGUCUGAAAGUAGGGUGCCAUGUUAAAAAAUUAUACUUACGUUAUUUGUCAACAGUGUAGUUUCCUCGUCAUAACUCUAAGUAAGUCCCCUUUGAUGAAGUUUAUAGUUUCUUUUCAAACUGAUAAUGUGCCUAAAUCGACUUCGGUUGGUCGUGGUGACAAAUUCACUUUCUGAAUGCAGUAUAAUCGUUUGUCUCGCCAUGAAGUCACUUUGGAUAUGGAUCGCGACUUUUUGACUGAAUAUUGUGUCUUCGUACUAUAAGGUCGGUAGAUAUGCAUGACCUUAUGAAACUCUCUGUUUGGCUGUGAUUGGCUGGAAUCCCACACAGGCUUCGAUUGGCACGCUUUGACAAAAUGCUCUUUCGGAUUGUACUGUCGCAAAGUUAUCCUAUUUUUUUUUUGUUGUGGUCAGCAUCCAUGUUUCUGGGAUGUCUACCCCAAUGUCCAAUUUAUGUUGUAAUAGGCGAAGUCUUGUGGAUGGCCUCUUUUACCCUGCGUGUCUAAUGAUAGGAUCACAAUAAAUGUACCCUACUUCAGUCCAGAGCAAGUGGUCACCAGGUGUCUUUUGAAACUGCAGAGGCCUUUGUCUUAGCAUGUCGUUUCUCGAUCUGCCUUAUUACUCGUUUAACCUUACUUGCAUAGGUCUGCCUUUCCGCUAAUGUAAACUUUAGCGUACUCAUAGGGAAUCUUGCAAACUACGGGCUCUUGUUUUUUUGCAGUGCUAUUAAUGGCGAGUGUGUUGCUACUAUUUGUAACAUCAGUGAAGUGAAUAGAAUGCUUCCGGUUCUUCAAAUGCUGUAGCAAGCUAUCAGCGUGUUCGCGAACCAAGAUUAUGAAUGUGUCAUAUACAUAGCGUUUCCAGAUCCUUCGCUGGUAGGAUAUCGAUUGCUCCUAUAACUCUCUAUGUGGAGAUCAGCAAUAACGGCGGAGACCAUACUCCCCAUGCAUGGUUGCGCCUUCUGUCUUUCGUAAUUUUGUCCGAGAUCAUAGGAGUAUGUAGACCUCAAUACGAAGUUCGAAAGGUCCGAGAUCUGAGAAACGAUUAUACUUCAUAUAAGGCGCUAGUGUCAUUAUCAAAUGUUCGUUUAUUUACGGUGUCUGAUGUGAUCAGUGUAAAUGAUACUGGAAUACCGCCUAUUUUCCAAGGACAUGUCAUUUAUUUACCUCUUAGUUCGACCUGAAGUGGUUAUUUCUGGAGCACGCAAUCUCAUCAUAGAAGGAAACAGUGUGAACUUGACGUGUGAAGUUGUGGCGGGUCGCCCUGAACCUCAGAUCACCUGGCUCAAGAAUAAUACAUUGCAA